AGCUCACAGACGACGACAUUUCACCGAGGACGAGCGAGACCUGCGGCAGGGACCGCGCACGGACGACGGCGGACACUUGAGGCGACGACCGGCCACUUCACAACUUCGCGCCCGACCAUGCGCGGCGCGGGGCCCGGUGCCCUGGUCGGUAACUGAAGGAGGGAGCCUCCUCCCCCUCCCCCCUUUUCUCUCAAGCUCGUGACGUCAUGACGGCGUGGGCGUAGAUCCCCUGCUGUACGUUGGUGCGUGUUGUGUGUCCGCUGACUGCCGACGACUGCUGUCCGACCGGAGGCAGGCGAUCUUCUGCCAAUCCAGGAGAAAAAGCAGCCGUAGAAGAUGUCGUCGGUGAAGGUGGCCGUGAGGGUCCGGCCCUUCAACAACAGGGAGAUAUCCAGGGAGUGCAAGUGCAUCAUCGAGAUGGAGAACAACACGACAUAUAUUGUCAAUCCAAAGGUUCCACCAAACUCUAAGGAUGCUAUCAAAAACUUUAACUACGAUUACUCUUACUGGUCUCACAAUCCUUCAGAUUCCAAUUUUUCUACACAAACUAUGGUGUAUAAAGAUAUUGGUGAAGAAAUGCUACAGCAUGCAUUUGAAGGAUACAACGUGUGCAUCUUUGCUUACGGGCAAACUGGAGCUGGCAAAUCAUACACCAUGAUGGGGAGGCAAGACGAAGAAAAUCAGGAAGGAAUUAUUCCACAAAUAUGCAAAGACCUUUUCAAAAGGAUAAAGACCACUACUUGUGAUGACUUAAAAUACUCAGUUGAGGUGAGCUACAUGGAAAUCUACUGCGAGCGAGUUCGUGACCUCCUGAACCCCAAGAACAAGGGCAACCUGCGGGUGAGGGAGCACCCGCUUCUCGGGCCGUACGUCGAGGACCUGUCCAAGCUGGCCGUCACGUCCUACCAGGACAUCCACGACCUCAUCGACGAGGGAAACAAGGCCAGGACCGUGGCGGCGACCAACAUGAACGAGACGUCGAGCCGGUCCCACGCGGUGUUCACCAUAUUCUUCACGCAGCACCGCAUCGACUCCACCACGGCCCUGGCGACGGAGAAGGUGAGCAAGAUCUCGCUGGUGGACCUGGCGGGCUCGGAGCGGGCCGACUCCACGGGCGCCAAGGGCACGCGGCUCAAGGAGGGAGCCAACAUCAACAAGAGCCUUACCACCCUCGGCAAAGUCAUCUCCGCACUCGCCGAAGUGGCGACCAAGAAGAAAAAGAAGGCAGACUUUAUCCCGUACAGAGACUCCGUGCUGACGUGGCUGCUGCGGGAGAACCUCGGAGGAAACUCCAAGACGGCGAUGGUCGCAGCCAUCAGCCCGGCAGACAUCAACUACGACGAAACACUGUCCACUCUCAGGUACGCGGACCGGGCCAAGCAGAUCGUGUGCAAGGCGGUGGUGAACGAGGACGCCAACGCGAAGCUGAUCCGCGAGCUGAAGGAGGAGAUCUGCCGGCUGCGCGACCUGCUCAAGGCCGAGGGCAUAGAGGUGCAGGAAGGCGACAACGGCGUCGGGACCAAGGUGGUGAAGCACGACAACGAGCGGCAGCUGACGUCGCCCACGUCGUCCAUCGCGGAAGUGGCGGUAGACCAGCUGCAGGCCAGCGAGAAGCUCAUCGCAGAGCUGAACGAGACGUGGGAAGACAAAUUGAAACGCACCGAGGUGAUAAGACUUCAGAGAGAAGCGGUGUUUGCUGAAAUGGGAGUGGCUGUCAAAGCUGACGGUAUCACAGUGGGAGUCUUCUCACCCAAGAAGACUCCACAUCUAGUGAACCUGAACGAGGACCCAUCGAUGUCGGAGUGCCUCCUGUACUACAUCAAGGACGGCCUGACGCGGGUCGGCUCCGCGGAAGCCAACAUUCCGCAGGACAUCCAGCUGAGCGGCUCCCACAUCCAGAGCGAGCACUGCGCCUUCGAGAACAAGGAAGGGGUCAUCACGCUGACGCCCAAGGAGGGAGCGCUCUGCUACGUCAACGGGCGGGAGGUCAAGGACACCGUCGUCCUCAAGACCGGGUCGCGCGUCAUCCUCGGCAAGAACCACGUGUUCCGGUUCAACCACCCGGAGCAAGCUCGUGAGCGGAAAGAGAUAAUGCCUCCAGCAGAUGCAACAGCCCCGGAGAAGACGGAGAAGCGGUCGCCCGCGGGGACGCCGGGCUGCGACGAGGCGGUGGACUGGAACUUCGCGCAGAUAGAGCUGCUGGAGAAGCAGGGCAUCGACCUGAAGGUGGAGAUGGACAAGCGGCUCCAGGUGCUGGAGGAGCAGUUCCGCAAGGAGAAGGAGGAGGCCGACCAGCUGUUCGAGGAGCAGAGGAAGAGCUACGAAGCUCGGAUAGAUGCCCUGCAGAAGCAGGUGGAAGAACAGAGCAUGACGAUGUCCAUGUACAGUUCGUACACACCAGAAGACUUCAAUAACGAUGAGGAUAUAUUCGUCAACCCCUUGUUUGACGCAGAGUGUAACUGGGGCGACCGGGAGUUCCAGCUGGCUGCGUGGGCUUUCAGGAAGUGGAAGUUCCACCAGUUUACGUCCCUACGCGACGACCUAUGGGGUAACGCCAUCUUCCUCAAAGAAGCCAACGCCAUCUCUGUGGAACUCAAGAAGAAGGUACAGUUCCAGUUCACGCUGCUGACGGACACGCUCUACUCCCCCCUGCCCCCUGACCUGCUGCCCGCCGUGGAAGACUGCGAGGAGGAUGAGGAGCGACCGUUCUCGCGCACCAUCGUGGCCGUGGAGGUGCAGGACACCAAGAACGGGGCCACCCACUACUGGACCCUCGAGAAGCUCAGACAUCGCUUGGAACUCAUGCGACAAAUUUACAACGAGGACCUGAGCCCCACGACUCCGGAGGCCAGGGACGACUUGUUCCAAUGUCUGUCCGUGUGCGCUAAUCAGAGGUUUUCGCUUGCAAAUCUUUUGCCUUCGAGGCAGAGGCUGGAGCUGAUGAGGGAGAUGUACCACAACGAGGCGGAGCUGUCGCCGACCUCUCCCGACUACAACAUCGAGUCCCUGACGGGCGGGGAUCCCUUCUACGACCGCUUCCCGUGGUUCCGCAUGGUGGGCAGGGCGUUCGUGUACCUGAGCAACCUGCUGUACCCAGUGCACCUCAUCCACAAGGUGGCCAUCGUGAAUGAGAAAGGCGACGUGCGGGGCUACCUCAAGGUGGCCAUUCAGCCAGUCAUAGAGGAGAACAACGUGGAGUAUGCCUCCGGGGUGCGGCAGUCCGCCCGCAUCUCGUUCGACGACGAGCUGUUCGUCGGGGGCCGCAAGCGGGGCGCCCCCGCCAGCCAGGCGCUGGACCGCAGCAUCGAGGAGCGGGUGGUGGAGGGCCAGGGCACCAUCCAGGACUCCCUGAAGGAGAAGCUGGAAGGUGAGCUGCGCUUCGCGGGCUUCCACGACUAUACCUCUGUAGAGCACGAGGGCGACGCGGACAGCGGCCACGGGGACAGCUCCGUGUCGUCGGACGUCAAGGAGGAGGACCUGCCCGACCACCUCCAGCUGGGCAACACCUUCACGUUCCGGCUCACCAUCCUGCAGGCCGUCGGCAUCUCGCCCGAGUACGCCGACAUCUUCUGCCAGUUCAAUUUCUUACACCGACACGACGAAGCUUUCUCCACUGAGCCAGCGAAGAAUCCAGGGAAAGGAGGAGCCAUUGGAUUUUACCACGUUCAGAAUAUAACCGUUACUGUGACCAAGUCGUUCCUGGAGUAUCUCAAGUCACAGCCAAUCGUGUUUGAAGUGUUCGGCCACUAUCAGCAACACCCGUUGCACAAGGAUGCGAAACAAGACAUUGGACAGUAUGUUCGCCAACCCCCGAAACGAAUGCUUCCACCUUCCAUACCCAUCAGCCAACCCGUGCGCUCCCCGAAGUUCGGAGUCCUGCCGUCUCCGAGCACGAGUCAGGUGCACGCCAAGUACGACGUGCUCGUCUGGUUCGAGAUCUGCGAGCUGGCGCCGAGCGGAGAGUACGUGCCGGCUGUGGUGGACCACGGCGACGAGCUGCCGUGCCGCGGGCUGUUCCUCCUGCACCAGGGCAUCCAGCGCCGGCUGCGCGUCACGGUCGUGCACGAGGCCGCCCCGGAGCUGCGCUGGCGCGACGUGCGGGAGCUGGUGGUGGGACGCAUCCGCGGCACGCCCGAGUGCGACGGGGAGGACGGAGACAGCUCCGUGCUGUCCCUGGGGCUGUUCCCGGGGGAGCGCCUGGAGCUGCCCGGCGACGACCGCUGCAUGUUCCGCUUCGAGGCCGCCUGGGACAGCUCGCUGCACAACUCCGCGCUGCUGAACCGGGUCACGCCGUGCGGCGAGCAGGUCUUCAUGACCAUCUCCGCCUACGUCGAGCUCGAGAACUGUGGUCGACCAGCGAUCAUCACGAAGGACCUGAGCAUGAUCAUCUACGGCCGCGACGCCCGAACGGGCCCGCGCUCGCUGAAGCACUUGUUCUCCGGACACUACCGCAACGCGGAGGCGAACCGCUUGUCCGGGGUGUAUGAGCUUGUGUUGAAGAGAGCGUCGGAAGCAGGUAGCCCAGGCGUGCAGCGCAGGCAGCGCCGCGUGCUGGACACCAGCUCCACGUACGUGCGCGGCGAGGAGAACCUGCACGGCUGGCGGCCGCGCGGGGACAGCCUCAUCUUCGACCACCAGUGGGAGCUGGAGAAGCUGACGCGGCUGGAGGAGGUGGAGCGGGUGCGGCUGAUGCUGGUGCUGCGGGAGCGGCUGGGCGUGGACGCCCCCGCCGCUCCCCCCCCGGCCCGCCACGACUUCACCAAGUCGGAGAAGGAGGUAUGCAACAUGGUUGCGAAGGCGAGCAGCGCGGAGGCGCUCAAGCCCGCCGCCAUCCCCACUCCGGACGGCUGGGAGAUGUCCGACCGUGAGCGAGAGCUCGCGCUCAAGUGCUUGCGACUCAUCCAGGGCAGGAUACCGUCCAAGGAGCUGCCGAUAGCAAAGCACGGAGACCUGUCCCCGAGCGAGGAGAUAGCAGACAUGAGCUGCAGCAUGAUCUCGACCACGUCGUCAGUCGAGCUGGGCUCGCCCGAGAAGCUGCGGCCGGCGGCCCCCGCGGAGCAGAGCGCGGCCCCGUGCGUGCCCCCCGCCCCGCCCCCGCCCGAGAGCCACUCCUCGGUGCAUGACCAGCUCGUGCUGUACAUCCCCGAGAUGGAGGAGAUCCGCAUCAGCCCCGUGGUGGCCCGCAAGGGCUACCUCAACAUCCUGGAGCACAAGACCAACGGCUGGAAGAAGAGAUGGGUGGCGGUGCGACGGCCGUACGUGUUCAUCUUCCGCGAGGAGAAGGAUCCCGUGGAGCGGGCGCUCAUCAACCUGGCGACGGCCCAGGUCGAGUACUCGGAGGACCAGCAGGCCAUGGUCAAAGUGCCAAACACCUUCAGCGUCGUGACGAAGCACAGAGGCUUCCUCAUGCAGACGCUCGGAGACAAGGAAGUUCACGACUGGCUGUACGCCAUCAACCCCUUACUGGCUGGACAGAUCAGGUCGAAGCUGGCUCGCCGGAGGCCUGUGCUGCCGCCCGGCCUGCAGGCGGUGCCCAUGCAGCCGGUGCUGGCCAAGUGAGCGGGCGGCGGGGCAGCCACCGGACCACGGUGCGAGCGACCCCCGUCACCCACGCUGCUCGCCGCUCCAGCCCGACGACCCCUUCCCGACCCCUGCUGAUCCCACCCGGCUCGGCUUCACGCCUACCCGUGCUCUGGAAGUGUGAAGGACUGGCUCAUGUGGUCAAGAAGAAAAAAAAAAAUAAGCACUUGGGUAUUUUAACACCUACCGAAAGCAUUCUGUUUAUGAGUUCUUAACAAUCUUUCGCAACUAAAGUAUUAGAGCCUUACGUACUGUUUUGUCCUAAAGAUCAUUGUGUUGGUCAAUGCUAGACAGACCAAAUAUAUUUAUACAUGUUUAUCGUAUCAUUAAAAAAAAAAAGUUCCUGUUAGUUUAAUUAUGAUUUUUUUUUGUUGCUGAUUGUAAAAAAGUGAAUGAAUUAUCACAAAUCCCCUUUUAAUUUGUUAAAGUUAAUUUGAUUGAAAUGUAGUUAUAUUGUGGACUGUGCAUUUAUUGUGUGGAAUACUAGUCAGUUGUGUAUUUAAAGUAUCCAGUUUUUUUGAUGUCACUUCUCAGGCUUGGAAAAUUCUACUUUUGAGGGAUUAAGAUGGUGAUAUCAAUAUCAUGUAAAGUGGAGUGGAAUUAUCUUUCGCCACACUCGAACCGUGUAGCUCUCCCCUUUAAUCUUGAUAGCCAGAUUUUGUUUCCGGUUUCUGGGCAGCUGAGUCAACGCAGGCGUGUAAUCUCACGUUAUCACCUGAAAAUUCCCCAGCGCCUUGGAAGUCCCUUGGCGACAGUGUGUACCCCUUUCCCCUCGGACGAGCACAGUGGUUGUGAACAGGGAUCGCUAUGGUAGCAUGCUCACAUUGUACAGUUUGUAAUUAUUACCUGCGUAGUCCAAGAUUAGGUGUUCUGGAGCUCCUCGCGAGAAUUGUAAUACUAUUUGUUGUGCUUGGUAUCGCUCACUUCUGAAACCGGUCACAGGAUGUUUUAAGCUGUAAUUGGAACAGUGUCGAUAAAAAAAGAAAAGAGUAACCUCUAUCUUCCUUCUGUGUCACAAUUACAGAAUGUAUUAUACAUGUAUGGAUCUCAGAAAAUCUUUUUAGGUUGUUGCCUUGUUGUAUUGUACAUAAUAUAGAAUACUGCAUUAAUGUAGGCGGUUAUAUUUCUUCAUGUAGACGUGUGGUGAUUAAGUUUUUGCGGGUAUGCCAUGCCUCCCGGACAGCUCUCUCUCUUUCUCUCUCGUUCCUGUUACGUACCCGGACAGAUUUCUGUCAAACAGCCUCCGGUGGCACGACAGCCGAGACGAGGGUGGCCCGAGAGGUGCGUGAACUUCUCUUGGUUCUAUUGUCGGUUUCCUGCCCGGUGUUACCUUGUCACAAGUCACUUGUUCAGCUGUUGGCUUCAAUUUUAUACCAGCCUGUGGAACACAAGAGUUUAGGCACGAGAUGGAAGUAGUGGUUUUUUUUUUCCUCGCAUGCUUUUCUGUAAUUCAUUCCACAACCAAUUGUAAAGAUUUGACGUAACGGAAACCAUGAAUACUGUAUUUCAUUCUGAAGGAACUGUUUUUAGGCGUGGAAGAAGAGAUACUACAAACAUGAUAACUAACAGCAUCACCAACUCGUUCCAGUGGUUUUAUAUGUUACAUAUUGUAAUGAUAAUAUUAUCAGCAGUAAAUAUCAAUAUUAUUUAAGACUGAAAUUGGACUACAAAUGGAAACUUUAUUGUGUAAAUCAUUUACAAAUCCAUUAUCAUAAAUUUACUUUAUAAGUGUAUAUUAGCAUGUGUAUUUUACAUUACAUAUUUAUUUUUAUGUUAUGAGUCUUAACUACAAACCAAGGCACAUUUCAAUUUAUUUUAUUUAAAAAAAAACCUUGCUAUGCUCAUAUUUGAGGAUGUUUCUCUCGUAAUAAACGUGGAUGACACUGACAUCUAUAAAGUUUAUUGUACUCUCUACUGAUGUAAGUACAGUUGUCUUUUGUCAUAUUGUGUUCAAUGUUUUUCAAGAUGUCUAGUGCAAAUUUGCCAAUGAAGCAAUGGUAGUUAAUACAUAACAGCUGCAUCGCUAAUAUAUUUUAUAACAUGCUGACAAUUUCGUUUAACUAAGUUUGCUUUACCAUUAGCUUUAAAGAUUUUGUACAAAUUAUGGUAUGUUUCAAAAAGUUCAUAGAUGUUUAUUUGAUUUGGUCUGUUGACCAUGAAGACAAAAAUGACAUUUUUUUAUGCACAUUGCAGCUUAUUUACAUGUAAAUGCUGAUCAUCAAAUUCUAUGUUUUAAUUUAUUAAUUAUUGUUAAUAUAGUUUGUAAUCUUGUAAAUUAAUUGUGUAUAUUGUUUUUUACUGUAAAUUAUUAGUUGAAUUUUAUGUUUAUUAAAUCUAUAGUUAUUAUUAAAGCUCUGGAAAGCUAUGUACGUGAAAAUAAAUAAAAUCUUCAAAAAAGUUAC